AUGCAUCGAUCGCGGCUCCAGGUGCUACCUUCGCCGGGGGAGGCGUGCGUCCCCACUGCGCACAUUGUCCUCAGAGACGCGAGAGUGCCAACAUCUUCAGUGACUGCAGGAUCUCGACUGGAUAUGUCAGAAGACAGCAAGACGAAAUGGGAGCCCUCAAUCCCAGACAAGUUGGGCUGCUACCCGACGAAGGACCUGAGACCCGGCCAGUACCGGGGAUGGGCCAUCAUAUUUUACGACGAAGAAUUCGACACCAAGCACAUGCACGUGCCUCGCAGGAACGUGCACUUGGACGUGGAUAAUCUGAAACGCGUCUUCAAAGAAAGAGGAUUCUCGGUCAAGGAAUACAAGAACCUUGCCUAUCAUGGGAUCCAACAAGAACUGGAUGAAAUUACAGCUUCGGCGGAGCUGAAGGAGCACGAUUGCCUGGUCGUCUGCGUCCUGUCCAUGAGGAAAGAAGGCGGAAUCUAUAAAAAGGAUGACAAUUUCGACGAGAGGAAACUCUGGAGUCGAUUCUACGAAUGCGAAGCCCUACACGGGAAACCCAAACUGUUCCUCAUUCAGACAUCCAGUGGAUUGCGCCACGACGUCGGACCGAAGGGAGACCGGCAGCACGGAGAGCGGAGGCACGAGGAAGCCGGCCUCGACGAGGACGACGACGACCACGACCACGGCGAGUAUUACCUGCCAAUCUACCCCGACAUUCUCAUCUCUCAAGCCCGCUUCGAAGGGUGUGCCGCAAAUCAAAACCCGGACAUGGGCUCCUGCUUCAUUCACACCUUGUGCAAGGUGAUGGAACGGCACUCCGAGACCAUGGACGUGGUGAAGAUGCUGAACAUGGUCGCUCAGAUCAUGGCCGUCCAGUUCAAGACCAAGCAGCAGCAUGGAACUUACAAUGAAAAGAAGGAAAUGCCGACCGUCCGAAGCACGCUGACCAGAGAAAUNUGGGAGCCCUCAAUCCCAGACAAGUUGGGCUGCUACCCGACGAAGGACCUGAGACCCGGCCAGUACCGGGGAUGGGCCAUCAUAUUUUACGACGAAGAAUUCGACACCAAGCACAUGCACGUGCCUCGCAGGAACGUGCACUUGGACGUGGAUAAUCUGAAACGCGUCUUCAAAGAAAGAGGAUUCUCGGUCAAGGAAUACAAGAACCUUGCCUAUCAUGGGAUCCAACAAGAACUGGAUGAAAUUACAGCUUCGGCGGAGCUGAAGGAGCACGAUUGCCUGGUCGUCUGCGUCCUGUCCAUGAGGAAAGAAGGCGGAAUCUAUAAAAAGGAUGACAAUUUCGACGAGAGGAAACUCUGGAGUCGAUUCUACGAAUGCGAAGCCCUACACGGGAAACCCAAACUGUUCCUCAUUCAGACAUCCAGUGGAUUGCGCCACGACGUCGGACCGAAGGGAGACCGGCAGCACGGAGAGCGGAGGCACGAGGAAGCCGGCCUCGACGAGGACGACGACGACCACGACCACGGCGAGUAUUACCUGCCAAUCUACCCCGACAUUCUCAUCUCUCAAGCCCGCUUCGAAGGGUGUGCCGCAAAUCAAAACCCGGACAUGGGCUCCUGCUUCAUUCACACCUUGUGCAAGGUGAUGGAACGGCACUCCGAGACCAUGGACGUGGUGAAGAUGCUGAACAUGGUCGCUCAGAUCAUGGCCGUCCAGUUCAAGACCAAGCAGCAGCAUGGAACUUACAAUGAAAAGAAGGAAAUGCCGACCGUCCGAAGCACGCUGACCAGAGAAAUGUAUCUCAAAACCCAAGCGCAUUGA